GACAGAAUCUGAGUGGAUUAGGGGCUCGGAGGACUUUAAAAGCGAGCCCUCAGACUGAGAGAGCACCACAAGCAAGAAACCGACAGGCUCAUCAGACAGCUUCAGGAAGACUGAACAAAAGCAUCCAAACAAAAUGGCAGACGUCGCUGCUCCCGCCGACAAGAAGGCACCUCCCAAGUUCAAGCAGAGGACUACACGUACCUUCAAGAGCAAGGCCCCUAAACCAGGCCAGAAAGGAUUCGGGGACGACAUCCCCGGCAUGGAGGGACUGGGCACAGACAUCACAGUGGUCUGCCCAUGGGAGGCCUUUGGCGACAUGGAGCUCAGCGAUCUGGCAAAAUAUGGAAUUGUCUAGAAACCAUCCCGUGUCUUCACCCGCCCGUUUUACCUACCCUCCCUGCAUCACUGUUCCUGCAUCCAUCUCAUUUGUUUUUCCUUCCACUCCCAAGUUACUUUCCCUCAUGUCUGUUCCUGACAAAGAACCAAAACUAUUCAGAGAUGUGUCAAAAUAGAUCCCUCCAUCCUCUGCCUUUAUCCUUCUUGCCACUAUGCUUCCCAUGUGGUCCUAAUGUUAACUGACAAGCAAGUAAUGUAUUAACUUCAUGUGCAGAGAAGGCAGCUUUUGAUGUUUUAGAGUUUGACCUGAUAAAAGCACCAAAAAGAAGAAAGAAAUUCCUCCCUUCUUGCACUUUAUUUUCCCUACCUUUCCACCAAAUCUCCAUCAUCUAUGCCGACUUGCUUCCUACCUCUUCCUCCUCUUUACCUCGUUUUUCCGUCCUUUAUAACCCUUGCUUUCAGCACACAGAGAAAAAAAAUGUACGAAAUACAUUUUGUUAAUAUGAAAGAGGACUUUGUAUCUGUUAUUGUGAUAUCCUCAGACUCUCCUCUUUCACCUCUUCUACUCAAAGCUGCUGAUUCAACGUGCACUGAAGUCUGGUAUUGUACUAGAUAAAUUACCUUUUGUUUUUAUAUCAGAAGUCUGUAAAUCACUUCAUGCUGUAGUAAGUAAUAUCAGCUCUGUCUAUUUCGCAGUCA